AUGUUGGAGGAGAUCUAUGAGAGUCAGGUUGUGAAGCGGGGUCUUAAGAAGGACGGCAAGCUGGGCACGAAUACUCAGGCCUCUGGCGGUGCGGUUUCGAUCAACGCUAAGAAGGAAGCCGGAGUUGGUGAGCAGUCUAUCAAGAACGUCCAGGACAAGCUUGCUCCAGAUGUUGUUGCUACCAUCGCUGCUGGUGUCCAGAAGCUCGAGAUCGCCGACGACAAAGCUAAAGAAGUCGAACGUCGGGCCGAACAGAAGACGCAAGGCAAGAAUGCACCCGCUGUCGCUGACGCUACCGACUCAUCGAAGACCGAGGGCAAGUACGACAAAGCCAAGAAGACUCCAUCUGCCGACAAGGUCAAGCAAGGAGGCAGAAUCACCAACAAGUCUGGCUUCGCCAGCAGCGUCAUGGUCAAGGUCUGGCUAGCUGAGGAUGCUUAG